CGGCGGAGCUCGACAUGGCCCGGCGGCUGCUCGGCCGCCUCCUGCUGCUCUCGCUGCUGGCCGCCCGCGUCGCCCCGCUCGGCUGGGACCUGCCCGAGCCCCGCGGCAGAGCCAGCAAGAUCCGGGUGCACCCGCGGGGCAACCUCUGGGCCACCGGCCACUUCAUGGGCAAGAAGAGUCUGGAGCCUGCGGGGCCCGCGGCGUCCGCGGGGGGCCCGGGGCUGCCGCGCCUCGAGCUGUACCGACUCUUGCUGAGGAGAGCCCCGGGCGCGAGCCUCGCUGCGCCCCGCGCCCAGGAGGCUGGCGGAGCACGCGCUGCAGAAGUGAAGCGGGGACGGCGGGCCGACGGCUCGGCCUCCGCGGCGCCGGGCCCCCGAGGCCGCCGAGUGGAGCCGCGGCCCGGCGGCCUGAGCCGGGAGCCGCCGCCCGCUGGAACCGCGGCGCGCAGGCAGCUGCGCCCCCGCUGA